AGCCUUCCAGGAUGUCUGUCUCUCCAGACGACCUGAGCGUGGUGGGGAAGUCCAAGAACAUGACGGCGAGUGAGUGCUUCCAGUCCCGGAGCACCGUCCUGCAGGGGCAGCCCUUUGGGGGUGUCCCCACCGUGCUGCUGCUCAACCUCACGCUGUGGGUGCUCAUCCUGGUGGUUUACUCCUUCCUCCGGAAAGCGGCUUGGGACUACGGGCGCCUGGCCCUACUGAUACACAACGACAGCCUGACGUCACUGAUCUAUGGGGAGCACAGCGAGAAGACGUCCCCCUCGGAGAUCUCCCUGGAGAUGGAACGCAGAGACAAGGAACUUUUUACCCCUGAAUGCAAGUUUAAAGAAUCUGUUUUUGAAAAUUAUUAUGUAAUCUACUCAUCCAUGCUAUACAGACAACAGGAAUCUGGUAGAGCCUGGUUUUUGGGAUUAAAUAAGGAGGGGCAAGUUAUGAAAGGGAACAGAGUAAAGAAAACCAAACCAGCAGCUCAUUUUCUACCGAAGCCAUUGGAAGUUGCCAUGUACCGAGAACCAUCUUUGCAUGAUGUGGGCGAAACGGUCCCGAAGGCUGGGGUGACGCCAAGUAAAAGCACAAGUGCGUCGGCAAUAAUGAAUGGAGGCAAACCAGUCAACAAGAGUAAGACAACAUAGCCAGAUCCUCACAGGUGUUGUGACUUAUUCGUCCUGAGCACAGUUGAGUGAUUUAUCCUUACCAGACAUUCCUGCGCCCGUGGCUGAAGAGCUGCUGGAAGUAAGCAAAUGCUUGCUCUGUGCUGUCUCUGAACUUCUUUGUUGCAAGUGGAUAAAUCUCAACUUGUUGCACCCCCCACAACGAGAAGACACCUGGAUAACCAGCUAAACUCAGACCAUGGAAUGCCCUACCAGAUAUGGAAUGCCUUUUUAAUAUCUUUUCUGUGACUGUGACACUUCAUGUGAAUGACAUACUUCACAAGUACACUCGAUACCUUGCCUGCUGACAGCUACCCAUAAUCCUUUUUGAGUCCUGUUUCAGCGAAAUCCAUGUGUUUAAGUUCGAUUUUGUAGCACACAAAUAAUAUUGAGUAAUUUCUAGUUAGACGCUGUAAACCUGUGCUAUUAUGGAUUUCUCUUCUUCCCAUUUUGACAGGGCUGCUUGCUCCACUGUCUGUGACCUUUUGCAGGGAUUGUGUUCUAAAUUGUAAAAUGUUGCAGUUGGCUUAGUUCGGAGAGCAAUCAGGGAAUCAGGAAGCCUUCUCAACCUAUUAUUACAAAUUGCAUCUAUAAAGAUUAAGAUGUUGUCUCUGGCUCAUACUAUCGAUUAAAAACACAUAUACGCUCUAUCCAGUAGCAGAUACUGUGCUCCCGAGGUCGGCAUUGCCUGGGUGGGAAAUGGAUCAAACACAAUCCAUGAAAAGCUCUCUAGGAUACGUGUUUGACACCCCCCUCUAGUUUCUUUGUGUGUGUGUGUGUUUUAUACAUAUCACAAGCUUACUGGUAAUGGUAACAUUUGCCUUGCCCAGCGAGCAAGACCCACUGGUUUUUGAGAAAGUGGGUCCAAAGAAUUCUGUAGGCCUUGUAGGCCUGAUUAAGGCUCAUUUUUCAUCUAUUAAUUCUCAUGAUUUGGAAAAAAUAAAAUAAAAGAGAAGAAUCAAUAAUUACAACCUACAAGAAUUGCGCUACCUAAAUCCAUUUCAGAUAUACUUCGUCCUGUUUUUAACGAACCAAACUUAACGCCAUCUCCGUUUCUGGCUGCAUUCCCCUCAUCCUCAGCAGAGCAUGGGCAAGACGGCUGUUGUGUUCUUUCCUGCAGCAGCAAUGCAAACGUUAGUUAUAAAUUAGACUUUAAUAUUUUUGGUGUUUAAUGACAAGUUUUUAAACUGGACAUAUUAGGAAAAAAAAAUAUUUUUUUUAGCUCAGCAUGCUGAGUCCGGUACUGUGUAAUUUCACCAGUACAUGCCUCCAGCUCAGCGUUUUGAGGCCCCUGUUGGCCAAUGGCUGGGUUAGAGGUGCCUUGCCGUGAUUUCAAAAUACAGUCUGUUGAAUUAUCCUAGACAAAAAUAAAGGCAAACCAACACCUUCAGAACAAAAGGAUUUUGAUUCACUCCACUUGUUUUUGAUUCAUUUUGCAUUCUUGAUUUCUUUUUUAGUUUAAUAUGGCUUAAACUCUGAGCUUAGGAAAGGCAACUACUAAGAAAGGCCAUGAAUAGUUGACUACACAGUGAAGAUUCCAUGAAAAAUGUUCAGUAUUGGAUAUAAAGCGUAUCAAAUGUUUCAUACUAACCUGUUUGGAAAUAUAUUUGUUAACUCUGUGUACACCUAAUAAAAUUCAAUGUUUUCUUCUCAGAAGAGUUAAUUGAGACCAAACCGAACCUCUUUUAUAGAAAACUAUAUAUGGGAUCAAUGUACUGGCCUCUUGUUAUUAUUUCUCUGUGGGAGGAUGACCCAGUUGCCAUUUUUCCCAUCUGCACUGUAUUUAUUGGGAAAUUAUUUUGUUACUGCUUUCAUAAAUCUCC